AUGAGUCCAGAGAAACCCUCGCACUCGCAGACUGAGAAUCUGAACCCCAACACGUGUAAUCGUGAUGUUCUUCAACAAUCAUGUGUUAAUGUUGUUUUGCAUCAGAAUAUGAUUCGUCAGAGGAAGUUUGUUGUGGCGAAGAAGAAGAGGAGUUGGUGUUCUGAGAAGAGAACGGUUUUGUGCAAGUGUAAGGAGAAUAGUGAUGGGGGUAAGUGUGUUUGUGAAGCGUAUGAGAAUUUAAGGGCUUCCCAAGAAGGGUUUUUUGGUAAAGAGAAGGUUUUUGAUGAGGGUGAAGUGAAAGAGGAGGAAACGGAGGAAGAAAGGGCUGAGAAUGAUCUUGAAGAGGUUAUUGAAGCGAAUUUGAUUAUUCAUGAUGUUGGUAAUGAGGAAAGAAAAUUGGAUGAAGAUGAGGGUGAUGAUGAUGAUGAUGAUGAUGAUGGAGAUGAAGAUGAUGAAGAAAAGGGUUGUCAUACUGCUAUGGUGAAGCGGAGGAGGGAGAGAGUAUUGGAGGAGGCGAGGAAUAGUGUUCCGGAGAAUGGGAAGGUUAUGCAUUUGGUGAAGGCUUUUGAGAGGCUUUUGAGUAUAAAUAGUUAUAAGGAGAAAGAGAAUGAUGAUGAGAAGAAGAGAGUGAUGAAAUGGGCAUUACCUGGUUUGCAAUUUCAACAGCAUGUUAAUGAAUCUGAAGUUGGAGAAGUUGAUGGUUCUUGUGAUGAAUUGUUUAACUGCAUUUUGACUUCUGAACAGCUUGGAUUGGAUCAAAGAAAUUCGGUUUCGUCUUCUUGGGAUUGCGCCAAUGGAAGUGUGUGUGGCAGGAAUUCUUCUGGUGGUAGAAGAAGCAGAAGAAAUAGCUCGGAAUCAUCUAGUGUUGUUGGAGGGAGGAGGUGGAAGAAGAAGCAGAAGCUAAAAAUCACUAGUCAAAAACCCUUUAAGCUAAGAACUGAGCAAAGGGGAAAGAUGAAAGAGGAACAGUUUAUGAAGAAGGUAAAAGAUAUUUUGACCGAAGAAGAGAAAUUAAGGAUACCAAUUGCACAAGGUCUUCCAUGGACCAUAGAUGAGCCUGAGUGCUUGAUAAAACCUCCGGUAAAAGAAAACACAAAGCCUAUUGAUGUAAAGCUUCAUAGUGAUAUGAGGGCAAUUGAUCGCAAAGAGUUUGACCAUCAGGUGGCUGAGAAAUUGAGUCUGAUAGAACAACAAAAAAUGGAAAUGGAAAGACAGCAAAAGUUGGCUGAAGAGGAAGAGAUUCGUAGAUUGAGGAAAGAACUCAUUCCUAAAGCACAGCCAAUGCCUUAUUUCGACAGGCCUUUUAUUCCAAGAAGGUCAAUGAAGCAUCCAACGAUACCGAAAGAACCAAAAUUUCACAUACCACAUCAUAAGAAGAUCAAGUGUUUGUCACUGAAUGAAAUGAAUUCAUACUCUUCAUACUUCAACUGA